AUGGGGUUCAAGGUUAUAGUUGUAGGCGCUGGGCCAGUUGGUCUGGUGCUUGCACACGCGUUGCAAGUCUCUGGAAUCGACUACGUGCUUAUUGAGCAGAGGCGACAAGUUCCCCCUGAGCCAGCUUAUGGUGUGUUCAUAUGGCCUCAGAUCAUGCGCAUCUUUCACCAGCUCGGUCUUCUUGAUGCCAUCUCGUCCGUUAGCCAAUCCAUGAUGAGGGCUAUCCAUAGAUCAAUAGAUGGCAAGGUUCUUCACGAGGAGGAAGGUUUUCAGAAGCUUGGAGUCAUGUUCGGAUAUCCCAUGACGUUGUUCAGUCGCUUGGACUUUGCUUUGACAUUGUUGAACGCCCUUGAAAACAAAGAGGAACGCGUCAAAACAAAUAAGCGACUCAGCAAAAUAACACAAGACAAAACAGGUGUCAAAGUCGAGUUCGCUGACGGUACUUUCGAAGAAGGAUCAAUCGUCAUUGGUGCCGAUGGCGUCUGGAGCAGUGUCAGAGAUCAGAUGGUAGCCCAAGCACCAAAGGGACUCUUCGAUGAUACCGUGAAUCCCUUCGAGGCAACCCAUGCCGGUGUCUUUGCCAAAGCAGCUCUCGACCCACGCCUUGAGCCGGGUAGCAACAUUAACGUUUAUCAAAAAGAUUCUCAUGUGCAAGUUUUCACCAACAGAAAUGAGGCUAUGAUUAUUGUCUAUCAUCGUAUCCCGGCUGAGAGGAAGAGGACGUACUUUGGACAGAAUGACGCUGAAGACGCUGCUAAGCCUUGGUUGGAUGUCUAUGUCGCUGAUGGUUUGACCUUUGGAGACCUCUGGAGGAAGAAGACAGCUGGCGGAACAGCAAACUAUGACGAGGGUGUGCUGCCGUUCUGGCACUGGGGAAGAAUGGUACUAGUGGGAGAUGCAGCUCACAAGAUGAACCCCAUCAGAGGUGCAGGAGCAUGCUGCGGUAUCGAAGACUCCAUCGCACUAGUAAACUCUCUCAAACGAAUCCUACGCUCCAACCCAGACCCAAAAUUGUUUGAACUCGGUCAAGCAUUCGUCGCCUACCAGCACGAGCGUGAAGCCGCUGCGAAGAUGUGGAUGGAGGUUUCUCGAAUGAACCUUGAGUUGUGUAUCGGACCUCACCAGCCGGCACUGAGGACAGCGAGCAUUGCUGAUUCAAAGGCCCUGCCACUGGUUGCUGAUGGACCGGUAUUGAAUGACGUACCGUUCCCUGAGGAGAUGAGUGGGUUUAUUCCUUGGGCGAGAAAGGCGAGGGGGAAGAAAAGAGAUGAAGAGGUCAAAGCGAAGCUAUGA